AUGUAGUAUCAGGAGAAUUAUCGGAAAGCUCGUGAAUUUCUCAACCAAAGAUAAAAAUAAAUCGAAUUUAAACCUUAUAAAUUAAAUCAACCUUAAAUCACCACUAUACGUCAGAUCUUAGAAGUGAUACGUUCAAAACAAAGAAGCAAUAGUUAGUUCAAAUAUCUAAAACCUGCUGCAUAAGAAAAAUAAGAAGAUAAUCAUCAACAAUAGAUGUUUAUAACCUCAAAUUUGGAACCAAAAGAUCACACAAAAGCUCUUGCAGCCAAACUUUUAAGAUUAAAUAAAAUUACUCGAAAUAAAACCUAAGUUACACCGAUUUCAUAUACCUGUAUGGAUAGAAUUAUUGAACCUUUGAGAUAACAAACAGAGAUCUAAUCUGAAUAAAAUUCUCCUUUGAGGGUACGAAAAAACAUCCCUUGUGUUGAGUACUAAUUACCAACCUAAUCAUCACUUCUAGAUAAUCAGAAAUAAGUAAACAAUAUCACUGAAAGAAAAUUUUAUAUUCAGAAAUCUAGACCUAAAAAAAAUGUUAAUUCAUCGCAAACUAAGAAUAAAAGCAUACAAAGUUGCUUAUCACAUCAUUAAAUUAUUUAUAAAGAAUAGAUAAGUCCGAAAUUAAAGAGAUUGAAUAAGACGACUUAUUAAGGGGAAUAAGUAAAAAUUACAAAUUCAAUUAAAAAUGGAAAAAUUGAAAAGUAGAUUUAAUUAAUACGAUAAGUAAGUGGUUGGACUAUCAAGAGUCAAGAGAGUUUUCAAACCUAAUUGUGA